AUGCAGAGGACGACAGAUGGCAAGGUACCUGUCAAAGGCCAUGAUGCAGAGGAAGAAGCCCUCAUCACACCCCAGAGAGAAGAAGAAGUAGAACUGUGCAAAACAGUUCACAAAGGAAAUGGACUUGCUUGAGGACAGGAAAUUGGCCAACAUGUUAGGGACGGUCGUGGUGACAUAACAUAUUUCCAGGAGAGAGAAAUUCCCCAAGAGGAUGUACAUGGGCGUGUGAAGACGCCGUUCCCACCGCACUGCACAGACAAUGGCUGCGUUCCCCAUGAGAGUCAGCGUGUAGACUACUGAGAAGAGCCCGAAGUAGAGGAGCUGCAUUUCUGGGCUUGAGGGAAAGCCCACGAGGAUAAAGUGGCUAACGGAGUUGGUGGUUUCUGUGCCGGACACAUUCAUUGGUCUGAAAGACAUGGAGAUGACUUUGUUAUAGCACUCUUAAUGGAGUAUGCUGGUUCUCUCAGAAAACACCAAAUUCUUGAACAUUUUUUGAUAAAGUAACAAACCAUGAGUUUUCUGUUAAGCAACAAAGCUGUGAUCAUCACAACAUGUUCUCCAAAGCAUGACUUCAUUUUGAUAAGAUGCAUUCCUGUGGUCCUGUUUACUCAGCACCCUAGUGUCAUCAUCUCAGUUUAAUUAUUAAGAGGUAUUUUUAAACCCAACUCUGAACUGGACGUUUAGAAGAUGACUUCGUCAUCUCAUACUUGCAGGAUGAGACAUUCUUAAACAGUCUCAAUCAGAGAAAGUUUUUCUGUCUUGUGGGUCUUCAGAUCUAUGUGAUAGCAUCCCUAAUUCCUCAAGAUAUCUAUUGGCAAGAUAUCUAUUCUUCAUGUGAUUACUGAGAGCUUGGCUAGAUACAUGGAUGUCCACUGCAUUGUUGCCACAUUAUUUUUAAAAAGUGAAGAAAUGGAACCUGCAAAUUACACCAGAGUGACAGAGUUUGUUCUCACUGGCCUAUCCCAGACUCGAGAGGUACAACUAGUCCUAUUUGUUAUAUUUCUAUCCUUCUAUUUGUUCAUCCUUCCAGGAAAUAUUCUUAUUAUUUGCACAAUCAGGCUUGACCCUCAUUUGACCUCACCCAUGUAUUUCCUGUUGGCUAAUCUGGCCUUCCUUGACAUUUGGUACUCCUCCAUCACAGCCCCUAAAAUGCUCAUAGACUUCUUUGUGGAAAGGAAGAGAAUUUCCUUUGGUGGGUGCAUUGCACAGCUCUUUUUCUUGCACUUUGUGGGAGCCUCAGAGAUGUUCCUGCUCACAGUAAUGGCGUUUGACCGCUAUGCUGCUAUCUGCCGUCCUCUCCACUAUGCUACUAUCAUGAAUCGACGUCUCUGCAGUAUCCUGGUGGUUCUCUCCUGGUUGGGGGGCUUUAUUCAUUCUAUAAUACAAGUGGCUCUCAUUGUUCGACUUCCGUUCUGUGGGCCCAAUGAGUUAGACAGUUACUUCUGUGACAUCACGCAGGUUAUCCGGAUUGCCUGUGCCAAUACCUUCCCGGAGGAAUUAGUGAUGAUUUUUAGCAGUGGUCUGAUCUCUGUGGUAUGUUUCAUUGCUCUCUUAAUGUCCUACGCCUUCCUCCUGGCCAUGCUUAAGAAACAUUCAGGCUCAGAUGAGAGUACCAGCCGGGCCAUGUCCACCUGCUAUUCCCACAUCACCAUUGUGGUAUUUAUGUUUGGGCCAUCCAUCUACAUUUAUGCUCGCCCAUUUGACUCUUUUUCCCUAGAUAAAGUGGUGUCAGUGUUCCAUACUGUGAUAUUCCCUUUACUUAAUCCCAUUAUCUAUACCUUGCGAAAUAAGGAAGUAAAGACAGCCAUGAGGAAGUUGGUCAACAGAUAUAUUUUAUGUAAAGAGAAGUGAAAGUGGCAUAUUCUAGAAUCUUUCUGAAGGUCAUCGUCCUAAAGUAGGAAGCAUUUGCAGUGGUAAUAGUACUGCUUUUCAUCUGAGUUCUUAAAUUCCUACCAGAUUUUUUUCCCUCAAUUCACUGAAAAAACAAAGAAAUUAAGACAAAAAUAAGUUUAUUCACACCCUCCAUGAAACUUACAGCAGAUCACCAUUAGAAAUUAAGAUAUAAUGAUGGUGUAGGGGCACCUGGGUGGCUCAGUUGGUUAAGCAUCUGAUUUCGGCUCAGGUCAUGAUCUCGCAAUGAGUUUGAACCCCACGUCAGGUUCUGUGCUGACAGCUCAGAGCCUGGAACCUGCUCCAGGUUCUGUGUCUCCCACUCUCUCUGCCUCUCCCCUGCUCAUGCUCUGUCUCUGUCUCUCUCUCUCAAAAGGAAAUAAAGAUUAAAACAAAAUUAAAAAAAAAAAGAUAUAGUGAUGGUCUGCUAAACAUAUUUUCACUAAUUGUUUAUUGAAUGAGUAUUCUGAAGAGGCUUUGGCUGUGAGGAGAAUGUUUGUUGAGAAAUAAUAAAAUAAAUAAGACCUGGGAGACAUGUUGUUAAUGAAUAUGAAGAAGUAAGUGGCUAGCAUAUGAAUAUGAGUAGCUUCAAGUAACCAAAUUAAAUAUUGUUCCCAUGGUUCAGUCCUAGCCCAGUGGGAUGGUGUUUGGUAACCCACCUUCCUGGGACUAGAAAAAUAGAUUAUUUUGUACUUUAUCUUUUCCUACUCCAAGAAUUCAUGAUGGAAACUGAGGAUUCAUUUACACAAGCUGUUUUAAGUCAUAUUUCAUGUGGCAACCACUCAACAGUAUUGGUGACAGAACUCAAGAUUUUGUCACAGCCUACAGCAAUUUUUAUGAAUUCAUAGCAGAGUUUGUUACUAUGUGAGACUGUGAGACCCCCUCUCAUUCCAGCGGAAGUCUCCAGCCAAGUAGUGCUUUUUAUAGCCAGUCUCUACUUACAUCCUCCAGUGUGAAAGCAGACUUGGAGGAAAGGGAUUCUAGGCUGACUGGAAUGAACAGACAUCUAGCUGUGUGAUUUUUAAAAGGUUAAUAUUUCCUUUGCACUUUUUUGUGUGUUUUCUGUAUUUGCUAAUUCUUGUUCUCAUGUUAAAUUAGUUUAGUAGGGUGCUGCUUUUGUUAGCCCUAUAAUUCAGAGUUCUUUCCCAUUAACCCAUUUUUUUUUCAUUACU